AUGUCUACAUCCAAGAUUCUGCUACAAUUUCAAGCCCCCGAGCUCGGCCUGUCUUUUCAGGCCAGAUUGUUGACUGCAGAGAACCCAGAUGUAGCCCAGCAAGUGUUGGCCCAACUGCCAUUGCGGAGCACGCUAGGACAUGUCGUAAUUUCUGGCCAGGCGAUCUGGCUGCCUACGAGGAUCGUUCAUUUGGGGAAAAGCAACAUGGUCCAACGUCACGCGGGAGCGGUCUACCUCAACGCUGUGGGUGGAUCCCUAUGCCUGACCUACGGAACUAUCACGGAGAGUGCCCCUGUGAACAAGGUGGCCGAAGUCCUCGAAGAGGACAUUCCCAUCCUCUGUCGUCUGGGGCAGCUGGUGUACGAAAAGACGGUGACACCGGCCCGGCACACGCUGUUAUCUGUCAACAUCUCCCUAUCAGACGAUCAGAACCCUACCCAAGAUCAAUACAAUCUGCGCGCGACGCGGGCGCUUUGCCAUGAAUGCAACUGGCGCGGCGCCAAGGAAUUCAUUGAGAAUGAAUUAGACCGAGUGUGGAUCGAGAAGCCCGCGGAAAUCAGCCGGAUCAGUUGGGGCAUCAUCGACAGUGGCGCGGGAAGUGGCGAGCAGUAUUUUUCCGUUAUGGUCCACCUGAAGUCCUUCCUCCUUCACCUGGGGUGCGACGUUCUCUACCGCCUGCUCAAGAUCUCGCAGUACGCGGAUGUCGGCCUCCCUCUGCUGGUGCGCAUGACACGCGAAUUCCUCGAGCGGAAUUUCAAUACAUUCGAAAUGCUCACCGAUCUCGGCCUGUCCACCAUGCGGGAAGUCGGCACCAUCUACUCCCAGUCGCUCGACACAUUGGUCACCAAGGAUGACUAUCGAGAGCUAACGGGCAUUUUGUUCUCUUAUGUGUGUCGCAUGCAUCGCUGGGUUCACCUUAUCUUCCCUUGGAAUAUUGGUGUCGCCUUUCCCCAUCGCACACCCGACGAAAUCGCCUGCAUGGCUUCCCUUGGCAACGAAAAUCCCAAGCCUCUCGCCACGCCCUCGUCCCUUCAGAAGCCAGGCUCAACAAUGUGAGUGUUCUCUCGGAGGGGGUAGCUGUGGAGUCCAUCGACUGGAGUCUCUCUCUAAACAAGCCUCGACUUUUCAGCCAUGGAAAACAAGCUUUAUCUCUCUCUUGGUCAUUUUCUGAUGCAUAUCUGCCUGGGCUGGAAUGGGAUCACAAACAUCAAACACCUUAGCGGUAUCUCGGGCUGAUGGUAUGCCUGACCGAUAUCACCAGAAUAUGCUUAGAUAAUGAUAAAGGGAAUUUCAAU